AUGACCGAGAUAAAGCUAUUCGAGAAGUAUAGCUACGAGGACGUCAAGGUAGACAACAUAUCGCUAAGGCCAUAUAUAAACCUGUCUCGGCACGGAAUAGUUCCGCAUGCAGCCACGACCAUCACCAAGGGAACCACGGGGAAGGCCAGAAUCCCGAUCGCAGAAAGAUUUGUAUGCUCUCUUAUGAGGCACGGGAGAAACAGCGGGAAAAAAAGGCUUGCGAUCAAUAUAUUUGAAGACGCUUGCUUCAUAAUCCACUCCAUGACAAAGAAAAACCCGCUUCAGGUUCUUGUGGACGCCAUAGUCAACUCGGGGCCUCGAGAAGACACAGCAAGAAUUGGAAGGGCAGGGUCGAUGAGAAGAACGUCUGUGGACGUCUCCCCCCUAAAGAGAAUAAGUAUAGCAAUAGCUAAUCUUUCUGCCGGAAUUAGGAGCGCAUCCUUUAGAAACAGAAUAACAUUAGCAGAAGCAAUUGCUAAUGAAUUAAUUGCAGCCUCAACAAGCUCACAGAACUCUUAUGCAGUUAACAAGAAAAAAGAGAUCGAGAGAAUAGCCCAGUCUAAUCGUUAA